AUGAACUUAAGAGACAAGAUUAUCAUAGAAAACAAAGAACGGGUUGAAGAAGAGAAUGGGGGUGGGUAUGGUGCAAUUGAAGCUGGCUCGACCGAGUGUCCCCGGCCUUCCGCAGUUUAUGGCCCUCGAGGCUCUCCACUCCCCAUGUCUUGGUGUUGGGUGCUCCACCAGGGCAAACAAGGCUCUGCCGAGACGAAUUUCACCAGUAGACAACAAGAAAUUACUGCGAGGCUACGAACUUCAAUGAAUAAAUUGUUAGUGGACGAACAAUUCGAAAUCGAAAUGACUUGGGCGGCCAGAUCAAAGUAUCAUGCUACAGCAAGCUUGGGCUGGCUGUCAGAUCAUGAAAUCAGCGAGUGUGGAGUGGCAAAUAUUAUGGCGCACAAUUUCUACAACAAGCGAUCAUAG